AGUUAGGCUCGCAUGACCCAAAGUUUUCCCGUUGAGUUAGUAUACCACCACACAGACAUCUCAUCGUGUCUUUUCCCACAGAGUUGCAAUAUUCAACAUGGCUGACAACACAGAACUAGAAGCUCAACAGCAGCUACGCAAGAAGCGUACCUUCCGCAAGUUUAUGUACCGCGGAGUUGAUCUUGAUCAGCUUAUGGAUAUGUCUACUCAGGAACUCGCUCCCUUGUUCCGCGCUCGUAUCCGCCGUCGACUUAAGCGCGGAAUCAACCGCAAGCACACUGCUCUUAUCAAGCGUCUGCGCAAGGCCAAGAAGGAGGCCGUUCCCGGCGAGCGCCCCCACGGAAUCAAGACUCAGCUCAGAAACAUGGUCAUUGUUCCCGAGAUGAUCGGUUCCGUCGUUGGUAUCUACAACGGAAAGAGUUUCAACGGUGUUGAGAUUAAGCCCGAGAUGAUCGGUACAUAUCUUGGUGAGUUCUCCAUCUCAUACAAGCCCGUCGCUCACGGUCGCCCUGGUAUGGGAUCAACACACUCUUCACGAUUCAUUCCUCUACACUAAGUGUUAGUUGAAUAUUGAUCUACGUUCCUGCGUAUGUAAUAAAGGUAAUCGAGAAUAUUGUAUUAAAUAAGCAAGUGGAAAAUCGGAAGUGUCACCUUUCGACCUCGUAUCUGACAGGCAUACUCUUGUUGCUUGUGUACAUAUAAUUAGCUACAUGGAUGUUACAUGGUAAGAGUUAG